GAGGCCCAGCAAGCAGCAGCGUCCACCACACUCCAGAUUCCUCUUUGCAGGACACGUCUCCUCUGCCGCCGCCUCGGGCUCGCCAUGGCCACGCCGGCGGCCGACGCCACGUCCUCCUCGCCCACGCCAUCGCCGCCGCCGCAGGAGACACCGGCGCGCAAGGCGGUGCGGGUGGUGGUGAAGGGGCGGGUGCAGGGGGUGGGGUUCCGCGACUGGACGGCGGAGACGGCGGAGUCCCUCGGCCUCGCCGGGUGGGUCCGCAACCGCCGCGACGGCACCGUGGAGGCCCUCCUCUCCGGCGACCCCGCCAAGGUCGACGAGAUGGUCUCCCGCCACCUCCCCGUCGGCUCCCCCGCCUCCGCCGUCACCGCCGUCGUCCCCUCCCCCGCCGACCCCAUCCACCCCUCCCUCGGCUUCGAGAUCAACUUCACCGUCUGAUCUUCGCCGCCGCCGCCACGUCAUCAGGUACAAUCAAUCACGAAUAAAGAUCAAGAAAACCUGAUUUGUUUAUCCAUGUUAGGUUGUGAUGCUAAUACUAGUAGUACCAUGUAUGCUAGUGUUUCUUCAUCAAUAAUAGUCCAUCUCUAUGUUGAGUUGUGAAUUGUGAAUUGUGGGCUAUGCCAAUAUCAAAUCUUCUCUGGAA